AUGGACUCCACAAUCAAACUCGGGUCCAAGAUCGAUGACAAGACUGUUGACAAAGGAAGGUAUCAACGACUAGUUGGCAAACUCAUCUACCUAGCACAUACGAAACCAGAUAUUAGCUUUGCAGUCAGUGUGACAAGGAUGCUUUGUAACAAACUAGCCGACACGCCUAUGGACUCCACUAUCAAACUCGGGUCCAAGAUCAGUGACAAGACUGUUGACAAAGAAGGUCAAGAACUGUUUUUCCAAAAGAUAAUGAAAAGAGAGAUUGAGAUCUUCACUGAUGCUGAUUGGGCAGGCUCAAUAAACGACAGAAAAUCAACAUCUAGUUACUGCACAUAUGUUUGGGGAAACUUGGUCACAUGGAGCAGUAAGAAACAAUCUGUGAUAAUGCACUUAUGA